UUUCCCAUCACACCCCCCCCCCCCGUACCGCCUUCGGCUGAGCGAUGGAUGAUGCAGCAGACAAAUACAUAGAUCGCAUACCAGCUUCGACCACGUCACCCUGUAUCCAGCGCUGCUUCCACAGCGUGUAGUAUGGGGCGAGGACCAAGGAAUGCACGUCAACGGACCCGCCGUAUGGAGUACUGUAAUUUUGUGCAGACGACAUAAGGGAUGCACUCUUUCACUUCAUACACCAUCUCGUGAACAAGAUUCUUUGCGAUUGCCGGUGUAAGACAUUUAACUUAGUGGGCGGCAGUGGCCAGUGCGCCCACAGAGUUCACGUCUCUUUAGACUUUUACAAAAACUCGAGCGGAAAUUAUUUCUCGAGAUAAACAUUUCUAGUGUAAUCGUUCCGGUUGCACUUGAGCUCAAGCAUUCCUCUCAAGUCUGAGUGAUGUUUUCUUGUAAACUUUGGAUUGUAUUUACCGACAUUGCUUCCUGAUAAUUUUAGUGCAGCUAUGAUUGAGCAAUUUAGCUCCGAUUCUUGCGAUAGCUGACGAAUGCUGAGGCGAUAGCUGACCAAAAUAGGCCAGACAACUCGUCGCGGUGUCGCCUUCAACACCUGUGAAAUUGGAAGUGGACGUGCUAAGUCUGGAUUUGCAUAUUUGCUGGAGGCAAGAAUACUCGGAAGUUUCUAGAACGUUCCUGUGAUUACUCAGAGGAGGGCAUAUAACUUUGGAAUGUUCAGUUGAGGAUUAGGCUACCCCGGAGUUUGGAAAGAUUUUCGUGGACGAGCGUGCAGUGACUUCAUAUCUACGUCUGAUAUGAGUAUUUGUUUAUUUUCUUCAUUCCGUCUUUGUGUAAAACGCAGACGAUACCCGACCGCGCAGAUACGUGACAUUGACAGAUAUAGGCACGUAAAAACCUACUCGAAUCCAACCAAACAUUAGACGCAUUUGUUUCUGUUUAUGCCUUGUCUCUACAUUGGCAAUAAGUUAAAUUCCGACCAUGAAUAUCGAAAUAAGAAUCCCAUUUUCGCACCCCAGGGUGGAAUAUAGCGUCAAUUCUGGACAAAGUGGGUCAGUGACUCCUACUGUGAUAACUAGUGGUCCUCCGCAGUUCGGCCAGCCUACAGUAGAGGUGCAUAAAGUGCAGCAGCAUCAGCAACAACAACAAAGUGGAAAUAUACAGGGAAUGCCAACCAUUACUGUUUUGUCUCCAAAUGCCGAACCUACAGUCAUUAAGCCAAACCAAACACCACCCCAGUACAUCCAGCAACACUCUCAACCCGAAACUAGCACAUAUGUCACGACAAGUCAAUCUGGGGGACCAGGUGGACAAUCUAGCGUCAAGACCACUACGACAACCAGGAAAACAACCGAACGACGUGUCUACGAAGAACCAAUGUCACCAGGAUCAUCUUUCUAUUCAUCAGAGCCCCCUUCGCCUUCUCCGACCCUCUACCAAGGGUAUUACGUAACACCUGUCUCCCUGACAAGCCAGUCAUCAGGGCCACCCAAAGGCCUUGGUGAGCGUCAGACGAGUAAGAUCGAGUACGACAGUCAACGGUUCCAGGUGACCCUUGAUGUCAGUUCGUACCGACCAGAGGACAUUGAAGUCAAGAUCAAGGAGAACAAACUGACUGUUCGUGCUGAACAUCGGGAAGGAACACCAGAGGGUGGUUUCGUACAAAGAGAAUAUUACCGUCAGUACACCCUACCUGAUGACGUCGACCUGAGGUUAGUCAAAAGCUACUUGUCUGAGAAAGGUAUCCUGACCCUAGAGGCUCCCAAGCUCCAGUUAGCCCAGUCCAAUGAGAGAACCAUCCCCAUCCAAGUCAGGCCACAUGUGGAGGGUUCGAGCGGCAAAGGAACUCCUACUGGACCCAUCGUAGAAGAAUUCACGAGCGAUGCGGAGUCCCUCAGGAAAUCGUAAGCAGCUCUAAAUAUUGAUUGAUGGACAUCUUAUAUUCAACUAAAGCCACCUUUGGUAUUCUAUAUAUAAAAAAGUGAAGUUUAAUAUUUGAGUGUGUGAGACCCAUAUUCAAAUUAUUUAUAUCUAUCACGCUGUGAUGUAUUUCAUCAUGUUUACCAUGGCAGUUAUGAAUCGAUAUCUUAUAACCAUGACGAUUUUUUUCCCUCCUUAGAUAUUGCGAUAAAUAGCCGAGUCCAGGUUCGAGUGAAUCUUUUUUACCAUUUGUUUUUUUUCCUACGAGGUAACGUUUUGUUAAGCUUGGCAGGAGAAAGAAAAAAAAAGAUGAAGAUGGAUUGUCGAACUGACAGGGUCCAUUGAUUAUUUUUCAAGAAGGAAAUCAGAAAUGACAACCGCGAAGGUUUAAAUGAGGUCCUUCUUGAUUACCCUACGUAUCUAAAUAGUAUGUUAAAGUGGUAAAAUUACACUCGUAGAACUGAUAGUACUGAAAAGUUUAAUAACAUAAUUAUAUCAAGGUUGAAUGAUGAAUGGUCAAUAUUGAGCAUCAACCAAAAUAUGUUUUGUUGAAUUACAAUUACGUUUUAUAAAUAUUAUUGUUGUUGGUGCAGGUGAUGCUGAUAUAAUACUCUGGAUAGUUUGAACUAGUAACUUUGUGCACUGCCAAUUAAGCUUAUCAAGACAAAAUCAGGGCUUUCGAAUGAAAUAAGUAGAGUCAAUUACACCAACUGAUCUUUAAUUGGCAACCUAGGACUUUUUUUUACUGUUUAUGGCCAAUUAUUCUGCGUCGAAAGCAUGCCAUAAUGCUCCGUUGAAAACAUACCAUAAUUUUGAACUUUGACAUUAUGAAUGUUGGAGGAGCAUAUACAGAGGAGUGUUUUCAACAUUGCAGAAUGUAUGUUCUGGGUUCUUAUAAACCUUGUCAAGAAUAUGAUUUGAGCCACGGAUAUAUUAAAAUAUGGUGUCCAAAGAUUCACCAUUGUGUUGGUAAAAUGCACUAGACCUUUCUGUUUUAAUGUUUUGGGCUAUGGCGUAUAUACAAAUGAUAUUUAGAAUGAUUAAGUGCUAUUAAAAAAGAAUAGAUGGUCAUGUCAUUUGACGUUCGUUAAAGGUGAUUGUUCAAUCGAUCAAGACAACUAUCAAUGGUCUAAAAUUAGCCCCAUGCAUACAUCUGUACAUCCUUGUGUAUAAGCAAGUAAUUACAUGAAUUGGGAUAUACAGCUAGCGGUCUUUGCCAUCAGGAAUGAAUCGUACAUGAUUCUCAGUAAUUAUCAAUCACAUUUUGAUGGCCGAGUCGGAUGGUUGAUGUCGGCGCCCUCAUUUAAAGACAAAGUUAAACAACAUAUCCACAGGGAAUGGUAUAUUUUGAAAUCCACUUUCUUGUAUCCCAUGGUCGGUAUACUCGCUUGCAACGGUACCCGAUUCCUCUUCGGUGAAGACCUUUCGAGGCCGUUCGAAAUCGAACUAAUGUUUAUCCAGAUCGACAGAAUAUUCCAGAUGUGAGCUUCUGAAACUGUUUCAACAAGAAUGUAAUCUUUUACUUUCAUCGGAUAGUAGCAGGAGUGAGAAUAUAUAGCCUGAGGUGAAUGGUGUGUUUCUAAUGUCUUGAGCAUGGGAUAUAAUCUCAUCUGAGCUUAGUCCCAGGGCUAGCAAACAUUGUUGGCAUUCAGAGUAACAUGUCAAGGGUCUUUAGGCUAAAAGGUGAGGGUCUGAAUUUUAUGCGUUGUAAAAACAAACAGCUUGGCUCUACUGUAAGGAACGCUGAGCUAAAGGUAUAUUGUAUUACGAAGUUUGUUCAAUGAUAUCAUAACUAUAGCCAAGUUUCAUUACGUAAUGACAGCAAUGUGAUCUCCCAUUGUCAAUAAGUACGAUGCUUUUGUCAACUGAAUGGAAAACGUGCAAAGUUCUACUCUUUGGUAUAUAUUGAGGACGUUUUAUAUAUAAAAGACUUUAGGAAUAGCACUAUGCAUGUGUGUCUUAUUACGAUUUGAAGUUCUGUCCACUGGCCGCUUGUUGCAUUCACUAUUAUAUAUUACGAUUUCUGGACCACCAUUUAACGUUAUUCAUUCAUACUGUGAUGAUUGCCCGGCAUUGUAAUCAGGCAGUGUGCAUGUAGAAAUAUGGUUGGAAGUCUGCUAUGGGCCUGAAGAGACAGUGGCAAGGGGUUGGGGUAGCAAUGCUGGUGUUUUGAUUGUAGUGACGUCAUCAUCAGUAACCCAAUUCUUAACAGGGCAGUGUCCGUCCCCAUACAGCUGUGAGCAACUUCCGCCAUCCCAGCGUGCACCGCGCCACAUGGUUAGACGCAUAUAAAAAUCGUCUGAAUGCACGACCUUGGGCGUUUAAUUGAAACUUGGACGUCACGUUCUCAAGACAUUCAGAUCCGAACAUCACGUGACUUGAACAUUGAGGCCCGGAUGUGGAAAUGGGUCAGUGUUGAUUAGGCAACGAUGAUUAAUUCUUAUUUGGUCAUUAUUGUAUUUAUGAAGCUUGUCGUGUAUCUCCUUUAAAUGGAUUUGUAUAUCUCGCAAAUUAAGGCCUUGAGAACAAAAGCGAUUUGGACGCCAUGAAGAAUGUAAUUUCUUGUUCUAACAUUACCGAGUGACAUAUGAAACCAAAUAAGAGAUGUAAUGAGCAUUCAAACAAUUAACAUAUUGCUCUUUUCUUUAGGGCGAUGUCAUCAUAUCUGAUAUAAUCAUUGAUAAUAGAAACUUGAUUGAAUUAAAUGUGGAUGUGUUUUAGGCAUUGUAGUUCUGGCAUGAUGUUGGAUGUAAGCCUUGCGGUCAGUCGGCGAAGUCAGAUGACUAAACGAUCAUUGCGAGGUCUGAUGAGCGAGAAAUAAAUAGCGUGACUAAAACCAGUCAUAUUUAACAGCUUAUCAUUAACAAGAUGAGACAAGCGACAAUUAACAUUAUUGAUAUGGCUUGUGAUGGGGGUAUUUAUUUGAUUUAUCAUAUGUCAAAUCCUGGUACACCUGACCAGGAGUCCAUGUAACGGACGAUUUCCACGAGAAAGCAUUGAUUGGAAUAUUUCAUUGUUUCUUGUUAGCAGGGAGACUAUAACUAACUUUAGACUAUUUUUUAUCAAAGACAUUUCACUUUGAUCGAUAUAAGAGCUCGAGAUUUUUUGUGGUGUUUGCUUCCUUCCAUUUGGCGUACAUUUGUCACCAUGGUUUUCCGUCAUUUUAAUACGAUAAGCGGGUGACGGAUCGGUCGCAGCAUGUGUGGAAUACUCUUUCCAAUGUCACUGGCUUUUGUGGUUGACGAGACGAAUGUUUUAGGAGAACAGAUGUGCAAAUGUGAAUCAAGAAAAACGUUUGCGUUACAAUCGACCAUUUUUCAUGAAACAAACAGUGAUUUUGUUUCCCUGACUUAUGUCAUAAGCUACCAAAAGUCCUUGCAUCUGAUUGGCUGAGAACGAAUUAGUCAGUGAAAUCACUGACAAAACUAUCCAUGAAACGCUCCUCAGGUCUUCCUUAGGGACACAACAUACCAAACGAAGUAUGACGAGACGAGGAUGAACGCGAGGUGAUUCUUUUUUUUCUUAUCUUGCAUUGUAGAGAGAUCAAAACAAAUAUCUCACAGGAUCCCCGCCUGACGAAAAGUGAUCAUGAUAAAUUGUCGUCUGAUAGAUGUUGUGAUUCUGCUUCGCUUAUCAAGAAGUAAACGAGAAGGAGGAGACGAGUAACAUCACUCAGCCAAAACUAUUUUGGUUGAUAAGGUCUCCAUGCAUCAUCGUGGUCUGCGUCUCUCAUUGUCUCACCUGCAUAGCAGUGUGAGACUAUAGGCG